AUGAACAACAACAUCAUAAUAGCCAUAAUAGUGCUAAUCCUGCUCGGAAUAACCGGAAUCGUAUACCUCUACUCCAUGCGGUGGCGAUCCCAAGCAAGAGCACAGCUCUUCAUUGCGCGUGCAAAGACACGGAAGAGACGUAUAUCGGAAUCUCAAGCCCAGCUUCAGGCUCAGGCUCAGGCUCAGGUUCAAGCUACCACCCCGAUUCAAGUCACUGUUGUGCGUGGUCGUUCCCGUGCUCCUCCUUCACGGCGUCCUUCGCCGCGGCCUCCUGGGGCUGGGCCUUCUGAGUCUCAGUGUCCGCCUAUGUCUCUGCCUCCACGGGUGGCAUCGAUGAUGUCGAGACAGGGGAAGAGGGGGAGGAGUAGACCAAAUGAAUGGCAGGAUAAUCGGCCGGGGUCUGGAUCGGGGGGACCGAGGGAUCAGUCUCGGAUGUCGAAUAAACAAAAGAGGAAACAGAAAGAGCAACAACAGACAGGGCAGACUGCGGACGAUAAUAAUGCGGCGGGCUUUGGUAGUGGUGGUGGAAAUCAGCCGGCACAGCAGGAUGUGGACGAUGAGUGGGGUUCAGGCCCGUCCCAGCAGGAAAAUACGCAAUACACGGGGCCGCAGGAUGAACAAUCGCAGCCUGCGCCAAAUGAUAAUGAGUGGAGAGCUAGCAAUGAGGCUGUUGCGAGGAGUCCUGGAGGACCUACAUCUCCUGAUCCUGAGUGGCCUACUACGGGGGAUGAUGGAGGACAACAGGAAGUGACGCAGGGUGCAUGGCAUGCUCAUGAUGCGAUGGAACAGAGGACUGAGCAGCAGCAGAUGGAUACUGUAGUUGACUGGUGA